AUGUGUUUGAAAAUCACCAUUACCAGCAUCAGCCUCAGUCUCAACACCAACAACAGCAACACUACCAGCCCCAGCACCUACAGCAACAUCAUCAACACCAAAACCAGCAGCAGCAGCAGCAGUAUCCUAGCCCACACAGUCAUCCAGGACAUCAUCAGUAUUCGACGCAUGCCCAAGUUUCACCCAAAAUCAAAGGGGCGGCAGGAGGAGGAGGAGGAGGAGGAGGAGGAGGAGGAGGAGGAGGAGGAGGAGGACCUACAUCUCCAUCUCCGGUUCAACCUGGGGUUCAUCGCUCGCAACAUUUGUAUCAGGGUGGGUAUGAGUCCCACCACCAACAUCACCCAGCGCCGACUCACGACCAAGACGGUUCCCACGCACGUUUGCACCAUCACAUGGAGGAGGGGGACUCGCCGUAUUCGCAUUCCGCUUCACAUCCUGUCGGCGACGAAAGGCGUCAUCCCAGACCGCCAUCUCUUCAACGGCGGUCAUCUCAGCAGUACCCAGUGA